CAGAAGGCAAAACUGAAAUUCAGCAUAAUUUUAGCUGUAAUCUGUAAAAAAAAUAGUGAUAUGUAAAUAUAUGUGUUAUUGAUAGUAGUUGUAAAUAUUAGUCUGUAACAGUACUGUGAUACUUGUGAUGGCUGAUGAAGGGUCAGAGCAAACACUCCUAAACAACCUACAUAUAAUUCAAUCUAUGAUUGAUGUUUCUGCAGAACGUUUAGAAGGACUUAGGACACAAUGUGCUACAAGUGCAGAAUUAACACAACAAGAAAUAAGAACGUUAGAGGGAAAGUUGAUUAAACUGUUUUCUGAUCAGCUUGUGACCAAGCUGAAACUGAAAAAUGGAUGCGAUGAGCAUAUUCCAUCGCUAAAACAAUGGCUGCAAGUUGUUGGUCUGGGCAAGGACAGUAUAUUCGGGCUUUGUCAAAAGAUAUCUUCCGUGGAAGAACUUCAAGAGAAGUCAGAACAUGAAUUGAGAACCAUUCUGAAUGACAAGAGUGCUAGACCAGAAGAGCUAAGUAGGUUGUGUCGAGCACUACAUAAUCUUAAGAGAUAUACAGAUGUUCUCAAACGUGGCGACAAAGAUGCAAGCGACAUGCACCUGUACUGGGACUCCUGGGACAGGCAUCACCAGUUGAAGGGUAUGUCGCCCCGUCCCGGUAGAUCCAGAGCGGCCAGGGCAUCGGUACCAUCGGAGGAGAGCCUGCUCCUCAACAACAACAGGGGAGGUGCGAAUAUCCCGCCAUCCUCCUCAGUGUCUAGCAUCAACUCUUUGAAUGCUCAGAAUGUGCUCGGACCUCCCCUAACUCCCCCUGGGCAGAACAGGGGGAAAGGUAUGAAAUUUCCUACGACACCCCCUGCUAAACGGAAGCACUUAACCGGCAACCCGCCGGCUCUCAUACCUGAUUCGUAUCCGCUUACGAAAAGUAAAUCGCACGAAUCCCAACUAGCCGCCUCGAAAGGUGAAAAUGAAACGAACCCCACUAACGGAACGGGCACCGUGGGAAGGAGGGCUAGAUUGCCGACAGAACCCGGACCUGAGACCAUGGGCUACGCGAGCCCCAUCUUGACGAGCCCUAUAAAAUCGCCACCAUACAGCAACACGGCGGCGGACAAUGACAACACCUGCAAACGUAAUUUUCUUUUACUCGAAAAUAUCUUUUAUUGUUCUUGCUCCUUUUUAGCGAUAAGUCUCCAGGUGCCGAAAUCUCCGAGAACGCCUCCGGUGAGGGGCAGGAUAAUGACGCACCAGAUCAACCACCGGUUCACUAAGACCUUCAAGAUGAUGUCUACCUGCGAGUACUGUCUGAAACAGAUCUACUUCGGUACAGGACUGAAGUGUAAGGAGUGCAAAUAUACUUGCCACAGGGAUUGCGAGGAUAAGGUGGCCCCGUCGUGCGGAUUGCCUCCGGAGCUGCUCGACGAGUUCAAGAAAAAUCUGUCGAUAGAAGGUCAAGUAUUUAUUUCGCCGACUUCUGGCAGGUCGCGCAACGCUAAGAACAUCAUGAACUCUCUGACGAGGUGCAGGAACAGGAAGAGCUCGCACCCACAACCGCUGAUCAACACUCCGCCAUUUCCGCCCCCCGAUUCCAGCUCAAACACGUCUAGUUGUAACAGUUCAACACCCUCGAGUCCUGCAGUUCAGACCCUAACUACCCCCCACGCUAGUCAUAAGCCUACUUUUCACUUUCCAGACAUCACACACAGUGAGGCGAACGAAGUGACGUUGGAGACUCAUCCCCUACCCAUCACGACUACCCUACAUCACGACCUGACCAGCUCGCAACAGUCUAGGGAGAGCGAACGGACGGCAUCACAGACUUCCGGCAGCACAAGCACAGACUCGGACAGAACGCCCGUGAGGGUGGACUCUCAGGACAGCCAGGUGUCCGACACGGAGACCAUAACUGACGGGCACAGGUGGCCCAGGCAGAACAGCUUAUCCAUGAGAGAAUGGGACAUUCCUUUCGACGAACUGAAAAUGAACGAGGUUAUAGGCACGGGUAGGUUCGGCACCGUACACAGGGGCUAUUGGCAUGGUGAUGUGGCCGUGAAAGUGCUGAACGUCAACUACCUGAAGGACGAGAAGACCUUGGAACAGUUCAAGAACGAGGUCUCGACAUUCCGCAAGACCAGACACGAGAACCUCAUCUUAUUCAUGGGCGCUUGUAUGAAACCGCCGAAGCUGGCCAUCGUCACGAGUUUGAGCAAGGGCAUGACGUUGUACACCCACAUACAUCUCAGGAAGGACAAGUUUAACAUGAACAAGACUACGAUCGUAGCUCAGCAGAUUUCGCAGGGUAUGGGGUACCUGCACGCUAAGGGGAUCGUGCAUAAAGAUUUGAAGAGUAAGAAUAUCUUUGUCGAGAACGGGAAGGUCGUCAUAACUGAUUUUGGACUGUUCAGCGUUACGAAAUUGUGCUUCGGAAACAGGAAAUUGGACAGUUUGGGGAUUCCCCCUGGCUGGCUGUGUUAUCUUGCCCCUGAAAUUAUGAGAAGUCUCCACGCGCACCAACCCCACGAUGAGGAGCUGCCUUUUUCCAAGGCCUCCGAUGUUUACGCUUUUGGCACUGUAUGGUACGAACUGUUAUGCGGCGAAUGGCCUUUCAAGGGUCAACCACCCGAAGCGAUCAUAUGGCAAGUGGGGAAAGGCAUGAAGCAGCCCCUUGCCAACCUGCAGGCAUCCAGGGAUGUUAAGGAUAUUUUAAUGUUAUGCUGGUCAUUCCGUCCGGGCGACCGACCCGACUUCAUCAGGCUACUCAACAUCCUGGACAAGCUGCCGAAGAAACGGCUGGCUCGUAGCCCGUCGCAUCCUAUCCAUCUUUCCAGAUCUGCAGAAUCUGUAUUCUAAAUAAUUCUAGGUGUCUUUUUAAUAAAAAAAAUACGCUUUGCCUAUUAUAAAACGUGAAUAUCACAUCGUUUAACGGCGAACUCGUGUCGGAGUGUCUUCUAGAAGGAACGGAAUGUUUUAUAACGUUGACGUUCACGAAUGUUUGAUUUUUUUUAAACGACGUACGUUUUUUUAAUUUCAUCACAGUUUUUGUACAAAUCUGCCAUAACUUUAAACACGUCUGAAGUAGGUGCGAUAACACGAGAUUUUGAAUUUUUUGAAACAUGAUCACAUGAUUAUACGACUGAAUCUCGGUAUUAUUGAAAAGUAUUUGUAAACAUUACAGAAAGUCAGCAUCACAUUAAAAAAAAACAGCGCUCAUAAUUUAUUAGUUUUAGUUUUUUAAAAUGCACUUUAAUACUUGUAUACGCCGUCACCGUAAUCAUGUAUUACAAAUACAUGAAUUGUAGGCAACCUACAAUGCAUGUGAAGGGAGACAGUGCGGGUCAACGGUGACGAAGUGAAGGGCACCAGUUGUUCCGCAUUUGGAGACAUUACAUCUAACUGUGAAUUUGAAUGUUUUUCAUCGCUGGAAGCCAUCAACAGACUAUUUAUUUUUGUGUAUUUCAUUUAUCAUUAUUGAUUACUGCUCGAGUUUUUUGCUAGGUUACGUGUUAAGUACUGUUUGUGUGGCGAACACCCACUCAACAAUAGUAACUUUUGGCGAAUGGUGUGGAAUUGGACUAAAGCACGCCAUUAUUUGAGGUUACACUAACUUGUCCUUGUCAUAUCUCAUCAGGUGGAUCGGUAUUAGGCUAACGUUAAAACAUGAACCAGUUUUGCUUGCAAUUAAAAAUAAAGCAAAUGAUAAGAAUGCACAUACAACCAAGUUUGGAAACUGCCCUGUGACGGCGUAGACAAGAAUUUAAGUGCAGUUUAAAAAAUCAAUUAUAACUAUUUGAUUUAAACAAAAGAAUUUAUUUCAUAAUCACUUAUUGAUUAAGUGUCUAACUUUACCCGUUCAAGGUAAUUUUCCAGAAAAAAUAAUUUUGCAUGUCCCGGACGGGGUUCGCUUAAACCGUGUGACAGUCGCCCACUCAAAGUAACGUACAAAGGUAUAAGGUGAUUACAGUGUAAAUUCGUAUGACUACUCACAUGAAUUAUGACAGUUGUAGGCUCUCUGUUGUAAGCAAGUAGGGUUUUUUUAAAUGAAAUCGUCUUUUUAUCGUUGGUACAUAUCCCGCUGUUCUCAAGGCUUUCAGGAACGUGUACCAGAGCAUAUUCUAAUCCGACACGUUGAUUUCCAGUAUUCCUCUUACUGUGAUUGUUUCGUGAAUAGUACUUCUCAGAUUAUCGUUUCAGAGCUAACGCUGACGGUACAAAAAUAUACGUGUGACUUUAAAUAUAACGUAUUUUUGUACCUCAAUGGUUAUUUUUAUAUGACGAGUGCGUCUGAGCGAGGGACAGGAUAUAUCAAUUUUCAAUUUUUACUUGUCUUAAUGUUCGUCCCGGUUGUUGUAGAUAGAAUAGAAAAAAAAAAUCGCGUCGUCCAUUCCGUCGGCCGCACACGAAGGCAGAAAUUAGGGCUCAUAGAAACACGCCGGCGGGAAGGGGGGCGGCAAAUUCGUUUCUCACUUAUAAAAUUUAAGAUUUGCACUAUUACUGAUCUUUUGUGAAAUUUCAGAGUUGUUAUUUGUAUUUCAGAAUAAAUUGGCAAUAUAGUCAUUUUUGAGCUUGAAAAUUAUGGAGUCUGUACAUAUAUGAAUAUUUAUGUAACGUAACGAUUAUUUAGUGUCAGUUCUUAAGUUCUUUCCUCCAAAGGGAUUUGUUGAUUUUCUUCACGGACGACUUUACACGCGAUUCCCACAUAACUGUUGUAUUCUUAUUUAUUGUUAUUUUUAUAUGAGAGAAACCCCGAGUUAUUUAUUAUAAGAUGUAUUUUUUUUUAAUCUUUUAACAUCUGAAUAUAGCUAGACCUUCUUUGCCAAUGACUAUUUGUAUAUAUUGUAUGUAAAUAUAACUAUUUGGUUUUCGAGGUGGAUUAUUCCUUGUUAAACUGUGUAUAUAUGUUAAAAAUGCAUUCCUAAAAAUGUUUCUUUAACUCUAGUCAAUUUACAAAUUCUGUCGAAAUUCGACGUCUCAGCCUGAAAAUCGGGCCGUUUCCGGCUAGGCGUCCCAAUUUCGAUGUUUACUUAUACAUUCUGAUCUACAGUCAAUGUAAAUUAUUAAGGGACUAGGGUAAAUAA